GUAGCGGAUUUUUGCAUUACUUUGGAAAAGCUGGGGAGGCAGGCCAACCCAGAUUGUACGCUGGAGGAUCGUUCACUAGAAUACGCGCAGAUCCUGCUCGAUAAUCUCAGCAUGUGGCCGGAACAUUUCCAACUGGUAGGGGCGCUACACAGGGCGUAUGAGGAGGUGAAGCAACUAGCGCUCAGUAUAGAACAGUCCAAGGUUAUGUUUGGAGCUAGUAGGUGGUCGAGUACAGGCCACUGGAGAGAGAGAGCGGCACAGUACUCCCACUACGGAGAUAUGAGUAGCACAAAUGGGUCGAUGCCUCACCGCAAAAGGGUGGAGAACGUAGGAGAAGUGACGGACACAGAAAAGAGUGGUCGGCGUAACUAUUCAUCAAACUGGUACAAACUGAUAGGACAGGACCACAGGAACAGAUACGGUACACGGCGCUUACUGAGAAUAACUUUCCACAAGAAGUGUUUGAAGUACGGCCACAUAGCAAGAGACUGUCCCCAGCAAAGCAUAAAGGUGAAUCAAGUUAGAAAGCAGGGCAGUGCUGAGAAAAAUACUCUGUCAGAGAUUAUUAGGCAAGCCCGCAGCCUGGGGAUGAGAGUGAAAAGAGAACUUGGAAAUAAAGAUGAGCUAGUAGGCGGUCGAUUCGUAAUGGAAUUGAGUCUACUGGGCGGUAGGUAUCCAGCAUUAAUAGAUACAGGAUCGAUGAUUAGUGCGGUACCCGUAGAGAUUUUAGCAAAAGCACAGGAUAGAGGAGUGAAUGUGGACGCGUUGAGAUUUGUAGCGAAGUCUCAGCUUCCACCAGUCUUUGAUGCAUCCACUAACAGGAUGGAAUUUCUUGGAGCGGUAUACAUUGGAGGACAGAGCUCAAAGGAGGGAAUCGAGGCUUGCCCAAGUAAAAACGACGAGAUCAUAUUGGGAACUAAUGCCCUCAGUAAAUUAGGAGUCAAGGUAUCCAUAGUUGGGAAAAAGAAGAAGAUGGCAGAGGGCAUC